UUGCAGUGCCCUGGCUUGUGGCAGCAAAUCCAGUAAAUUAUGGUCGGCCAUGUGAACUAUCUUGUGUAGAGGCUUUAUCUGCAGCCUUACUAAUAUGUGGGGAGGAAGAAACUGCAAAUUUGUUGCUGGGAAAGUUCAAUGGGGGCAUGCUUUUUUAUCCCUCAACAGGGAACUGCUAAAGGCAUAUGCUGAAUGUGAAAAUAGCUCUGAGAUAAUCGCAGUGCAAAAUUCUUGGCUUUCCCAGCAAAAUCAGGUUACAAAGGCUCUUCCAGAUCUGGAAGAUCUCAAUGAAGAUGAGGGGUCCACUAGUGAUUCUGAUGAUAACCUUCCACCUCUGGAAAGAAUGUCAAUCAUUUGAGCUUGCAGAUAGGGAUGAGGAGAGUGCGUAGAUGAGAUAGUCUGAUAUCAAUUGCAUGUUGAAAA